UUGUAAGGGUGUGCCAUUGUCCUCGGAUCACACGCACACAGAGACCAGGAUGGACGACGAUGAAAAGAGCAGCUUUAUCUCUGCCAGUGUUUCCUCGACAAAUGAAGUUGGAAAGUCUCUAAAUCAACCUGAACAACAAAAGAUAGAGAAAUCGGACCUCUUAAGAACUUUUGAAGAUUUGGGAGCCAAAGACUUUAAACGCUUCCAGUGGCUCCUGCAGCAGCCAGAGGUCCUUAAAGACUUCCCAGCAAUCCCAAAGAGUCGACUGGAGAAUGCAGACCGGAUGGACACAGUGGAUCAGAUGUUCCAGAUCUAUAGUAUAAACACUUUUAAAGUGACCAAGAUAGUUUUAGAAAAGAUGAAUCAGAAUGAUCUAGUUCUAGAUCUAGAGAAGUUAACAAAGACCGUUACAGAACCUGCAGAGAGUAUUGCUGCAAAGAAGAUAUACAAAAACCGUCUUCAUCAGAUCUAUGUAGAUCGGAUCUACUACACCAGUUUUUCUAGGCCUGGAAGUUACCCAUAUGGACAGGACUGGACUGGAGACGGACAAGAGAUGGCAGUUGGAAGUGACGGGUCAGGAAGUGAGAAUAGUGUAGGCCAGUGGUCAAAAAGUGGGAAAAAACGAAAGAAAGCAAUACAGCACAAAACUGAUAGAAUCUGCAGGUUUGAAGAUUUCGAGGUUGUCUUCAUCUUUGACGGUCUGGAUGACUGUCGACUUCCUCUUGAUUUCCACCACACUGAGAUCCUAACUGAUGUUACAGAGUCCACCUCAGCCCACGACACCUCCAGAGGGUUCAGCAGUAAAUCCCAGCGUCCCAGGUUCACUCCCUAG